AUGACUCAACGCGGUAUCUUCCUACUCUUUGAAGGUGUAGAUCGUUGUGGUAAGACAACACAAAGUAAGCUUCUAUAUAAGACGUUAAACGACCCUUCUUCUUUAUCCUCCUCCUCCUCAUCAUCAUCUCAGUCAGCUGUGUUAUUGCACUUUCCUGAUCGGAGUACGGCCAUUGGUAAGAGCAUCCAUUCGUAUCUUACAACUGCCGAUGUUAUGGACGAUCAUGCGAUCCAUUUGCUCUUCUCUGCAAACCGAUGGGAAGCAGUCGGUAAAAUUAAAUCCAUCUUAGCCAAUGGUCACCAUGUCAUACUGGACCGUUAUUCUUUUAGUGGUGCGGCUUUCUCUGCUGCAAAGAGCGGUAUGUCUCUUGACUGGUGCUGGGCGCCAGAGAUCGGACUACCGAAGCCCGAUGCGGUUAUUUUUCUUGACUUGCCAGUCUCACAGGCAUCUACUCGAGCUGACUUUGGCCAGGAACGGUAUGAGACUACAGAAUUCCAGGAAAAGGUGUAUCGAAACUUCUACGAUAUUAUGGAACGCACGACGCCCAAGUGGCACAUCGUGGACGCUACGGGAACAAUUGAUCAAGUGCACGACAAAGUGGUGGCCAUUGCCAAAGAAACGAUUGCAAGAUACGGAGACUCACCACUGAAGUACUUUGAAAAGCUAUGA